AUGUCUCAACACCAAUAUGCCUACGCUGCCGCUCCGGCACCCAGGCAAUACUCGGCACACGGAACAAGUUCUGCCUUCUCCAGCUCCGCCAACCCGGAUGAGGACUGGACCAAGAUAUCAGACCUUGCCGAACGCCGCAGGAUACAGAACCGCAUUGCUCAGCGCAACUACCGCAAGAAGCUCAAGAGACGCUUGGAAGAUCUAGAGAGACGUGCCGGUUCAUCAGAUGAGGGAUCAUCGCCUCCCAACGCACCUGAGAAGCAGACACAGUCCGGCAGCAGGAGCACCAAGAAGAACUCAAAGGGGUCAAAGUCAAACGCCACAACCGCCCAGAAGCCAGUACACCCACCCCAAUACACUCCGCCUAUGAGUACCGACGACGAAAUGCUCUUCCAACAUCCCUAUGACGACCGUGAACGGUCUAACACGCCUCCUUUCGUCUACUCGAACUAUCCUCCUCCCGAUGAGAUCAUGGGAACACCUUACAGUGCCGCCCAGCCCUACCAUGCCAUGACCACCGCGGAGGCCUACCCCAGUUACAUGGCAUCUUCCGUCCCUUGCACAUUACCACCCCUGACGCAUUUCAAUGAUGCUAUUAAGAGGGAAACGUACCCCGGGGAAGAGCCCAUGUCUCCCUACAUGAACUACUAUAUGCCCGUGGAAGUGAAUGCACCUGGCCCCUACGACCACUCGAACCCUCAUACACCACCACUCUCUCACUCCUUCGAUCACUCAGCGAACUGUUCCGAGGCUGGUUAUGACUACCCGGCGACACCCUUGUCGAUGCCUGGAUCACCGGGCACAGCACCACAUCACGUAUGA